ACUCACUCAGACUCCAAACUUGUUUUGGAGGACAUUGUUAACGCCAUACCCACUCCAUGACUCCAGUCUGCAGCCAGGAAAUGUAUUGAAAGCAGGCGAACUUCAAGGCCGAGUUCUUCGAUGGAUUAUUAUUUGCGCUUAUGCGUAUUUUGAAAAGGGUGCUCGAAGGAAGUGGUCAGCAUGAAGUUUUUUGAGAGCUCUUCCGUCUUCAACUACUCGUGGGACCAAGUGGCUCAGAGCUUCUGGUGCCGCUACCCCAACCCCUUCAGCACGCACGUUCUGUCUGAGGACACGGUCUUCCGGCAGGUAGACAGCAAGGGCCAGCUCAGGUCGCUGCGGCUACUGACCAAGACGAACCUGCCGCCUAAAUGGGGCGAGCACGUCGUCUCGAACCGCACAGUCAAGAUCAUCGAGGAAUCAGUGGUGGACCCCAAAACCAAGACCAUGACCACUUAUACCAGGAAUAUUGGAUACACGAAAGUCAUGAGCAUCACUGAGAAGGUUGUGUAUAGACAGAGCUCGGAGAGCAGCAAUCAGACUGUGGCCGAGCGUACGGCGUGGAUUGACUCGCAGGUAUUUGGCCUGAGCAGGCCGAUCCAGGCUUUUGGUCUGGAGCGCUUCAAGAAAAACUGUGUCAAGGCUGAGAACGGAUUCCACCAUGUUCUGAAUCUGAUGUUCCCUGGGCAUUUGGCGCCGGCCGUGGUGCAUACACACAAGCACUCGGUGCUCUCCGAGCAGAAGGAGAAGCUGCGAGAAUCGGCCAAACGGGCCACUGAGAUGGCCAAAGCCAAGGCGCGGCCGGUCGUGGCCGCCUGCCAACCUGAAGUGGAGUAAAAAUAGUGCGGCUGUCUUCUUUCUUCUGGCAGUAAUUUGCCUCAGGGCGCUGAAUUUCUCAUCAAACUUUCGUUCCACUGAUAAUUCAACUGACAGACUUUGAAUCACGCCUCUGGCACUUAAUCCUCAGAAGUAGCUGCAGUUUGAUUUUCCAACUCUCUGUGAAUUUCACUGAUAGAUAUAUUCUCUCCGCGCUGGUAACUCCAAAGGAAACAAACACACUCGCAAUUAUCUCGGGCGUUGUCUCUUCCUUGUUUUCUUUUAUUGAAAAUUAAACUAAUCGGUAGGAAAACUUUUAAAUUUUUUGGUUGGGAUGGGUGUCUUAAUCAUUGCCAUUGCUACUAUUGUGAUUUCCCCUGAACCUGCUAGUUUCAGAAUAUAGAAGUUCAUUGUACGCGCCACAGAUUGUAAGCCAGGUCUGGGCCACUUUAGUGCAUGGAUGGAUUUAAAUCUUACAACAUUCUGUGCUGUGUUAGCAUUUUUGAGUAAACCAAAAGUCGAUAAUAAAUACUGUAUAAGAGCUUUCUAAAGGUUA